UUGGGCGAAAGUAGCAGCACGUGCACGUCAGGUUCGGCCUCUCGGUGUUCACAGCGCAUGCUCAGCCCGGCGGGGACCAUUCAUAAACUAAACUCUUACACACUUCCUGAGCGUGGGGAAAAGUGGCCAUAGGAAUAAAAACAGUCAAACUCAGGGGCCGAGAGAGCGAGCGAGAGAGAAAUGAAUGCUAACAGACAAAUUCCUCCACUUUUAUCGCUUCACUACAGCAACAAUCGCCUCUGAUUUAAACAAGAUAUUUUGAAGAAACCAGUUACUGAUUUCGGAGGACUUGGUUGACAUUUGUAUUUUGUCUUCCUCACUUUUCUCUCUCCCUCUAACCCAUUAAAUUCAAUGCACUUGUUUCAAAUUUGUGCCAGUUAAAAAGUGGGUGCCCACGGAACACCGGUAAGCGUUGGAUCCAUCAACCUACUGCGAGACUCCGGUAUAUAGCCCGGACCUGAGUCCCAACAUGAUCGCGGCUCAAGCCAAGCUGGUCUAUCAGCUGAACAAGUACUACAACGAGCGGUGCCAGGCUAGGAAAGCCGCGAUCGCUAAGACCAUUCGAGAGGUGUGCAAAGUGGUCUCCGAUGUCCUUAAAGAAGUGGAAGUCCAGGAACCCCGCUUCAUCAGCUCCCUUAGCGAGAUCGAAACGCGCUUCGAAGGGUUGGAAGUGAUCGCUCCAACAGAAUUUGAGGUGGUCCUUUACCUGAACCAAAUGGGGGUCUUCAACUUCGUGGACGAUGGCUCACUGCCUGGCUGCGCUGUGCUAAAACUGAGCGAUGGGAAAGAGGAGCAUGUCCUUUGGGUCGAGUUUAUUACAGCUUCGGGCUAUCUGUCAGCCCGGAAGAUCCGUUCCAGAUUUCAAACCCUGGUAGCACAGGCAGUGGACAAAUGCAGUUAUCGAGAUGUGGUGAAGAUGGUGGCGGAUACGAGCGAGGUAAAACUAAGAAUCAGGGAGCGUUACGUGGUGCAGAUCACGCCAGCUUUCAAAUGCACGGGCAUCUGGCCCAGGAGUGCGGCUCAGUGGCCCAUGCCACACAUACCCUGGCCCGGUCCGAAUCGGGUGGCCGAAGUUAAGGCUGAAGGCUUCAACCUUCUGUCCAAAGAGUGCUACUCCCUGACGGGGAAGCAGAGCUCGGCCGAGAGCGACGCUUGGGUUUUACAGUUCGGCGAAGCUGAGAACAGGCUACUGAUGGGUGGCUGCAGGAAAAAGUGCUUAUCCGUGUUAAAGACUUUGCGAGAUCGACACCUCGAGUUGCCAGGGCAGCCCCUCAAUAACUACCAUAUGAAGACACUACUGCUCUACGAAUGCGAGAAACACCCCAGAGAAACCGACUGGGAUGAGUCAUGCCUCGGUGACCGCCUCAACGGCAUUCUGCUCCAACUCAUCUCUUGUCUCCAGUGCCGGAGAUGUCCUCAUUACUUUCUUCCAAACCUUGAUCUUUUCCAAGGAAAGCCUCAUUCCGCUCUGGAAAGCGCGGCUAAACAGACAUGGCGAUUGGCGAGAGAAAUUCUUACCAACGCAAAAAGCCUCGAUAAGCUAUAGUAGAACUUGCAUUCCCAGCAAAAUUUCAACAAUUAUUGCAAGGCACAAAAAUGAACUUACUAGAUGAUUAAAACAAAAUACUUUAAAAGAAGCAAACGGACUUGACGUGAAACAGAUUCAAGGUACAUUUUAAACUAAAUGUGACUGUUUUGUUUAGAUGUUGUCAGCCUGUGAGGAACCUUUAUUUAAGUCUGCACCGUCUUUUAAAGGCCAAGAAAAUUUCAGUUGUGAAAUGUAUUUUGCGUGCCA